GUGUGGAGAUCGGGGGUUGAGUCCUCCCUCGCACCGGCCGCCGCCGCCGCCGCCGCCGCCGCCGCCGCCGCCUGGGGUCUCGUCAGCCGAGCGGGAUUGGGACCCAUCCGUCCGCCCCUCCGCCGCCGCUUCCCCCGCGUCCUCUUUUCCCGACCCCCUCCCACCGGCAGCCCCCACUGCAUUUUGUUUUUGUAUUUUUGCAGGGAGGAGCCCUUCCUGCAGGCGUGGAAACCAUGGUGCUCACGCUCGGAGAAAGUUGGCCAGUAUUGGUGGGGAAGCGAUUCCUCAGUCUGUCCGCAGCCGACGGCGGCGACGGCGGCCACGACAGCUGGGACGUGGAGCGCGUCGCCGAGUGGCCCUGGGUCUCGGGGACCAUUCGAGCCGUCUCCCACACGGACGUUACCAAGAAGGACCUGAAGGUGUGUGUGGAGUUUGAUGGGGAAUCUUGGAGAAAGAGAAGAUGGAUAGAAGUCUAUAGCGUUCUAAGGAGAGCAUUUUUAGUAGAGCAUAACUUGGUUUUGGCUGAACGAAAGUCUCCUGAAAUUUCUGAACGAGUUGUUCAGUGGCCUGCAAUAGUGUAUAAGUCUCUGUUGGACAAAGCUGGUUUGGGAUCCAUAACCUCUAUUCGCUUUCUGGGAGAUCAACAAAGAAUAUUUCUUUCUAAAGACCUUCUGAAGCCUAUACAGGAUGUAAACAAUCUUCGACUUUCCCUUAUGGAUAAUCAGAAUGUCAGUAAAGAAUUUCAAGCUUUGAUUGUGAAACAUUUGGAUGAAAGCCAUCUUUUACAAGGUGACAAAAACUUAGUUGGUUCAGAAGUAAAAAUAUAUAGCUUGGACCCAUCUACUCAGUGGUUUUCUGCAACCAUUGUAAAUGGAAACCCAGCGUCGAAAACUCUGCAAGUCAACUGUGAGGAGAUUCCAGCACUGAAAAUUGUCGAUCCAUCACUGAUUCAUGUUGAAGUUGUACAUGAUAACUUUGUGACAUGUGGUAAUUCUACAAGAAUCGGAACUGUAAAACGCAAGUCUUCUGAAAAUAAUGGAAGCCUAGUUUCCAAACAAGCAAAAUCUUGCUCUGAGGCCUCUCCCAGUGUGUGUCCUGUACAGUCUGUUCCCACAACAGUUUUUAAGGAGAUACUGCUUGGCUGUACUGCAGCAACUCCACCUAGUAAGGACCCAAGGCAGCAGAGCACUCCCCAGGCUGCCAACUCUCCACCUAACCUUGGAGCAAAAAUUCCUCAAGGAUGUCAUAAACAGAUUUUACCAGAAGAACUUUCUUCCUGUCUGAAUACAAAGUCUGAAAUACUGAGAACAAAACCAGAUGUCUGCAAAGUAGGAUUGCUGUCUUCAAAGUUCCCUCAGAUUGGAACAGGAGACUUAAAACCCCUUAGUGAACCAAAAGAUAACUGUACCCAGCUGAAGACUAACACUGAUAAGGAAAACAAAUUGGAAUCUGUUUCUCAGUCAUCAACUGGCCUUCCUAAGGAGGGCGUACCUACAAAGCCUUCUACAGCAGAAUUGGAAAUUGCCUGUACACCUGAACUACAGAAACACCUAGAGUAUGCACCUUCGACAUCUGAUGUCCUUUCAAAUAAGCCAGAAGAGAAAGUUGGUGUUGUUAGUAACAGCCCUAAUAGUUGUGUGGAAAAGAAGAUAGAACCUUCAACUUUAGGAUGCCGGUCACAGACUUUGAAGGAAUCUUCAGUAAAAAUAGAUAAUGAAAGCUGUUGUACAAGAAGCAACAAUAAAAUCCAGAAUGCCCCCUCUCGGAAGUCGGUUUUGACAGACCCAGCCAAACUCAAGAAGCUGCAGCAGAGUGGUGAGGCCUUUGUACAAGAUGACUCCUGUGUGAACAUUGUUGCACAGCUGCCCAAGUGCCGGGAGUGUCGCUUGGACAGCCUCCGCAAAGAUAAGGAGCAGCAGAAAGACUCACCUGUGUUUUGUCGUUUCUUUCAUUUCAGGAGGUUACAGUUCAACAAACAUGGUGUGUUGCGGGUAGAAGGCUUCUUAACACCAAACAAGUAUGACAGUGAAGCAAUUGGCUUAUGGUUGCCUUUAACUAAAAACGUUGUGGGGACCGAUUUGGACACUGCAAAGUAUAUCCUCGCCAACAUUGGAGACCACUUCUGUCAAAUGGUGAUUUCUGAAAAGGAAGCUAUGUCAACUAUUGAGCCACACAGACAGGUUGCUUGGAAGCGAGCUGUCAAAGGUGUUCGGGAAAUGUGUGAUGUAUGUGACACCACCAUCUUCAACCUGCACUGGGUGUGCCCUAGGUGUGGGUUUGGAGUUUGUGUGGAUUGCUACCGGAUGAAGAGGAAGAAUUGCCAACAAGGUGCUGCCUACAAGACUUUCUCAUGGCUAAGAUGUGUGAAGAGUCAGAUACAUGAGCCAGAGAACCUAAUGCCUACACAGAUCAUUCCUGGGAAAGCCCUCUAUGAUGUUGGAGACAUUGUUCAUUCUGUGAGAGUAAAAUGGGGAAUAAAAGCAAAUUGUCCCUGUUCUAACAGGCAAUUCAAACUCUUUUCAAAGCCAGCCUCAAAGGAAGAUGUAAAACAGACUUCUUUCGCUGGAGAAAAACCUAGCAUUGGUGCUGUGUUCCAGCAGAAUCCUUUGGUGUUGGAGCCAGUGCCCGUGGCUGGGGAGGCUGCUUCCAAGCCAGCCAGCAGCAUGAAGCCUGCCUGUCCAGCCAGUACAUCUCCCUUAAACUGGCUGGCAGACCUAACCAGCGGGAAUGUCAACAAGGAAAACAAAGAAAAACAACCAACGAUGCCAAUUCUAAAGAAUGAAAUCAAAUGCCUUCCACCCCUCCCUCCUUUGAGCAAAUCCAGCACAGUCCUCCACACCUUUAACAGCACAAUUUUAACACCUGUAAGCAACAACAAUUCUGGUUUCCUCCGAAAUCUCUUGAAUUCCUCUACAGGAAAGACAGAAAAUGGACUGAAGAAUACACCAAAAAUCCUUGAUGACAUCUUUGCCUCUUUGGUGCAAAAUAAGACUUCCUCUGAUUUAUCUAAGAGGCCUCAAGGACUGACCAUUAAGCCCAGCAUUCUGGGCUUUGACACUCCUCAUUACUGGCUCUGUGAUAAUCGCUUGCUGUGCCUCCAGGAUCCCAACAACAAGAGCAACUGGAAUGUGUUUAGGGAGUGCUGGAAACAAGGACAGCCAGUGAUGGUGUCAGGAGUGCAUCAUAAAUUGAACACUGACCUUUGGAAACCUGAAUCCUUCAGGAAAGAGUUUGGGAAUCAAGAAGUCGACCUAGUUAACUGUAGGACCAAUGAAAUCAUCACAGGAGCGACAGUAGGAGACUUCUGGGAUGGAUUUGAAGAUGUUCCAAACCGCUUGAAAAAUGAAAAAGAACCAAUGGUGUUGAAACUUAAGGACUGGCCACCAGGAGAAGAUUUUAGAGAUAUGAUGCCUUCUAGGUUUGAUGAUCUGAUGGCCAAUAUCCCAUUGCCUGAGUAUACAAGGAGAGAUGGCAAACUAAACUUGGCCUCCAGGCUGCCAAACUACUUCGUGAGGCCAGAUCUCGGUCCGAAGAUGUAUAAUGCUUACGGAUUAAUUACUCCAGAAGACAGGAAAUAUGGAACAACAAAUCUUCACUUAGAUGUAUCUGAUGCAGCUAAUGUCAUGGUAUAUGUGGGAAUUCCCAAGGGACAGUGUGACCAAGAAGAAGAAGUCCUUAAAACCAUCCAAGACGGAGAUUCUGAUGAACUCACAAUAAAGCGAUUUAUUGAAGGAAAAGAGAAGCCAGGAGCCCUCUGGCACAUAUAUGCUGCGAAGGACACAGAGAAAAUACGAGAAUUCCUUAAAAAGGUAUCAGAAGAGCAAGGUCAAGAAAACCCAGCAGACCAUGAUCCCAUUCAUGAUCAGAGCUGGUAUUUAGACCGAUCACUAAGAAAGCGUCUCCAUCAAGAAUAUGGAGUUCAAGGCUGGGCUAUUGUACAGUUUCUUGGGGAUGUGGUAUUUAUCCCAGCAGGAGCUCCACAUCAGGUUCAUAACUUAUAUAGCUGUAUCAAAGUGGCUGAAGAUUUUGUUUCUCCAGAGCAUGUUAAACACUGUUUCUGGCUUACUCAGGAAUUCCGUUAUCUGUCACAGACUCAUACCAAUCAUGAAGAUAAAUUACAGGUGAAAAAUGUUAUCUACCAUGCAGUGAAAGAUGCAGUUGCUAUGCUGAAAGCCAGUGAAUCCAGUUUUGGCAAACCCUAAGGGUCCCAGAGACGCCUUAACCCCUGUACAUUGGAAGUGAAUUACUGGCAGCUGUUCAAACUCUUCAGGCAGGAUUCCUGUGGACUUUGAGAUUCAUGUUACCUCAUCUUCUUUUUUAAACUGUACCCAACUGGUAAGGGUACUCUGUCUAAUGUAUAUUUCUAGUGUUUACACACACUAAAUGUGUAUAUGUAGGAACUAUUUACAGAACAUGCAUCCUUAAACUGUGACUUUUCACCUAGUGCAGAACUUCUACCAUGCUGUAAAAACAAAACCUCUUAUCAGCUCUGGAACAAUAUCUGCAGUUAUUCUCCAGCUGUUGGGUUGGACAGCUUAGUCAAAAUGGGUUUAAAACCAUUAGAAAUCACUGCACAGUUUAUUUGGUUGUAUUUUGUUUUGUGUCUGAGUACCCUCUCCCUCACCCCAUAGGGUUCAGAUGAGCAAUGGAGGAAGUGACAGCUAACGAUGCAGUUCCUGCUGUGUUGCAUUAGAACUGGCAUUAUAUAGCAGAAAUCAACUACUGUACAAUUCUUGGGUUUAACCAUCUUUAUUUAGUUCAAUGGAGUUUUAAUUUAAAUGAAGCUUUGCUAAUUUUAAGUGUUAAGCAUUUUGCAUUAAAGUAUUCAUAUAAUA